GGUGUUACUGCUAAAUCCAAACCUUGCAUUGUGAAUAGUGGACGUAUUCAUUUCGGAGGAGCGAAAAUCUUACCGAUUCUUGCUCUACCUCGUGGUCUCUAAAUUUAAAUUGAGCCAACUUUUUUGGCUUCUAUUCCGUGCAAUAUUCUCAUCUCUCACCAUCAAAUCGACUGUGUGUGCAGCAAAUGCCAAAAAGAGCAAAAGCAGGGCAGUGACGAAGAAGAGGAGCCUAAGAUCACAUUUCCUCUUGACGCUUCCGAUCGGGUCUGCAUCUCACUCAGCUGACUUCGAUUCUCCAACAUCUACGGCCCCCCUUCCUUUUCUUUUUUGGGCUUAUACGAAGCAUCCCACUCCAAUGGACACAUCAGAUACAACACGAAAGUUUAAAUCAAUUUGAAUACACUGUAUUUUGUUGCUUUGUUGAAUUCGUGACGUGUCUUGUCACGUAUCUGUGCUUUUGCACGUCUACGCUUCUUUAAAUUUGGAGCUCACAUGGUUUUUUUUUUUUUGGGGUGGGGGGGGGGUGGUUUGUGUUGGGGCAAUGCAGGUGCUGUUUAUGUUGGGAGAUAUCACGUCAGGGCCUGCCAUUAGCUUCACCGAAUGGCUGGACUUGGUCCGCAAAAGAACCGCCAUGUAUCGCUCCUCUGGCUCGCCCCACCGCCAUACGAGGCCACUUGACACUAUGCCUGCUUCUAGCCCUGGAGAAGCAAAAUGUGAUACCCUUCAUGAGGAAACAACAGAAAUCAAUUUGUCAGAAAGGCUUGGUAAAGCUGCCAUGCUGGAUGUUGAAUCAAGCUCCUCUUCCUGGGAUAGGCUAUCUUCAGUGCAUCAUGUUGAAUACAGCAGCAGCAAUGACUAUUCUGAGGACGACAUGAACAAACCUCUUGAGGUAACUGUACAUUCUGGGGGAGUUGUCUUCUUCGCCUUUUUCCGUCACUUUGGAAAUGAUGAUACUCUUCCAAAGGAGGCAGCAGCUGUUAUAAAGAUAUCAUCAACAAGAAUGGCAACACAAUCUGAACGUCUUGAUUGUGAAUUUGCCAAGUGGUUGGGAGUUCGAACCCCACAGGGUAGAGUGAUUCAUAAUACUAGUCUUGAAUGGCUCCAAAUAAAGGAUGCAGCAGAAAAUGCAAGAGCUGCAGCUGAUUCUGAAGGAGAUGAAGCUGGUAACAUGACAUGCACAGAGCUUUUGGAAGCACUUGAGCUGAGCCGAUGCCUCUUUUUUAUGGGCUAUGUGCAUGGGUCACCUUUACUUGAAAGUUCUAGUGCAUUCGAGUACCAAGAGUCAGUAGAAAGAACAUCAGCAGCUCUUGGCAAGGUGUUGAUGCUAGACCUUGUUAUCCGAAAUGAAGAUAGGCUCCCCUGCCGUGAGCUUAGAUGGCGUGGGAAUUCUGCAAAUUUGUUGUUGACUGAAAAGGUUAUCUCUGCGAAUACUGAUACACUAGAGGAAGCUUUUGAUUCUGCAAUGCAUCUAUAUAGACCAAGGGUGAUCAGGACACUUCAAAAAGAAAGAAGGUCAACUUCAUCAGAUAGCAGAUUGAGUUCUCAUAACCCUGGACUGGUAUCACAGGUUUCUGAUAUUUCAGAGAUGGCCGAAUCACCAAGAUUGUCUAACAUAAGCCUUCAAAGCUACACAUCAAGUGAAGCACUCUUUACUGACUUAAACAUUGUGGCUAUUGAUUCUGGUGUUCCCCGCCGACCCCCUGCUGGUAAACGUGCAAUAGAUCAAGCUAUUUAUCCUAAACUGGUUGAGUUAGUGCUCAAUAGUUCUGAGUUUGCCUCCAACCUCUUGCAUGAUAUAACUGGAGGUAAAUUAGGAUCUCCUUUGCCAGAAGUCCCAAAUUCAACAACUGAUGUUCAUUCAAAUGACAUGACAUCAGCAGUUCAUGCAUUCCGUACUGGUUUUCGUGCCGCUCUUAGGGAUCUGCAGGGAUUUCAUAUCUUCCUAUUAACACUUCACCAGAAGCUUGAUAGCUCGUUAAGAUCAUUUAUGAACAUUAUGAGCAAAUUAUCAACGGGGGAAUUUGACAAAUAUGAUUCAUUGGUUUCACCUGACACCACUUCACAGGCAGCUGGAGGUGGUAACUGUUCCUCUCCAUCAAGUAAAGAGAGAUCUGUUAAUGAUAACCUUCCAGAUUGUGAUUCAGAACUACAGAAAACAUAUCAAAGGGCAUCCUGUUCUGGCAGUAGAGAUGAUUCUGAAUUUUCUGCCUUGACGAGAGAGGGUUGGCAUGGAAAGUUUUGUAAAGGAAGCGGGGAACCACUACGAAGUCUCCGCUUGACGGCGAAGCUCCGUGACUUCCAUAAGUUUGCAAAGGUCGAUGCAGAGUCUAACAGAGAAUUAGAACAGUGGAAUGAAAUGCUUAAAAAUGAUGCUGUCAGGCUGUGCCAGGAAAACAAUUUCAAUACAGGAUUUUUUGAGGGUAGUGAUAAUUACUGUGUCAUUGAUGCUUACGAACUGAAGGUCAGACUUGAGCAUAUUCUUGAGCGAAUUGCAUUGAUAUCUGAGGCUGCAAAUUCAGAGAAGCCAUCCCGUGUUGCAAAUAAUCUGUUCAUAGGUGGAGCACUCGCUGCAAGGUCUUUGUACACACUUCAACAAUUGGGAAUCACACAUAUUAUGUGUUUGUGCACGAAUGAAAUAGGACAAUCAGAUUCUCAAUUUCCUGAUCUAUUUGCAUACAAAAAUUUCUUCGUAUGCGAUGACGAAGAUUCUAACAUUAAUAGCAUAUUUGAAGAAGCUUGUGAUCUAAUAAGUUAUGUUGAGGAAGCAGGUCAUAGAAUUUUAGUCCAUUGCUUUGAAGGGAAAAGCAGAAGCGUUACAUUGGUCCUUGCUUACUUAAUGCUCAGGAAGAAAUGCACCUUACUUGAAGCAUGGAAUGCAAUGAAACGGGUCCACCGGCGAGCUCAGCCGAACGAUGGUUUUGCGAAGAUCUUAAUGGAACUGGAUCAGAAACUGCAUGGAAAAAUGUCCAUGGUGUGGCAGCAAAGGAAACCGACGAUGAAAAUUUGCCCUAUCUGUGGAAAGAAUGUAGGACUAAGCAGCAGUUCUCUUAAGCUGCAUCUGCAGAAAUCGCACAGAAGACUAUCAUCAGGGAGUGUAGAUAGUGGCAUGAAAAUGGAGAUUGAGAAAGCUUUGGCAGCUUUGAAGAUUAGUCGUGGUGGAAGCGUCAGCCCUAAACAGAGGCAGUCUCAUUCAAUUAUGGAUGAACGGAGACCGUAGCUUCUAUCUUUUCACUGUUUUUCCGGCUCAUUCAGUUGUCAAUCAACGAUAAUUGAUACCCCCAUGUUGUGACAUAAUUUGAUGCUCUCUCUUCGUAUUCUUCUUUGUAAGAUGCAGGAAAAUGGGAAAUAAAAAGCUUCUCCAAAUGAGUUUGAUAUUUCCUGAA